AUUCCGCCGGUCAGGCAGGACAAGGGCAACCUGGGCGGGAUGAGGACCCCGGAAGUGCUACGCACGUUGUAGUCAGGAGAAGGAUGGAGGCGGUAGAAUCGAGUCUGCGGGAGGUUGGCUGUGAGCAGAGCCUGCUGAGCCGGCCGGACGGCUCCGCCAACUUCAUGCAGGGAGAUACCUCAGUCUUGGCUGGAGUCUAUGGACCAGUAGAAAUUAAAAUCAGCAGAGAGUUGCAUGAUAAAUCCACCAUCGAGGUGAUGGUUAGACCCAAGGUGGGUUUACCUGCAAUACAAGAGAAGAACCAGGAGCAGUUAAUUCGAGAGACAUGCGAGUCUGUAAUUCUAGGCACCCUGCACCCCCGAACAUCGAUCACUGUUGUACUACAGAUCAUUAAUGAUGCCGGUUCUUUACUUGCCUGCUGUCUUAAUGCGGCCUGCAUGGGCUUGAUGGAUGCAGGGAUCCCUAUGCGCGCCCUUUUCUGUGGUGUCACAUGUGCACUGGAUGCCGAUGAUCAGUUAAUCCUCGACCCCAAUUCUAAACAGCAAAAGGAGAGCCGUGCAGUGUUAACCCUUGCAAUAGAGAGUACAGAGAAUAAGGUGUUAAUGGUUUCCUCCCGAGGCAUGUAUUCACCUGCAGAGCUCCAGCAGUGUAUUGCCGCUACCCAGAUCUCUGCCCAAAAAAUCUUCCAGUUCUACAGGGACUCUGUGAAGAGGAGAUAUUCCAAAUCGUGACCAAGGAGAGCUCUUCAGUUGCAUUUUCCUGGAAGGAAUCUUUGUACACAUAUCUGAAUUAGCCUUUAUUUCCUUAUGCUAGAAAGAAUUCCCCUGGCCCUUUAUUUUUUUUUAUACUUGCUAAGUGUUUUUUUUUUUUUUGUAAUAUGCUUCUGUCCAUGGCUUACAAAUCAUCUGCCCACGUACAGCCCACUUUAUCUGUUAAUGUGAUGAAGCACUUAAAGGAGAACAUCGGUUACAUUAGAAUUGACAUAAUCUGGGGUUUUGUAUGUCUUUGGUUUAAAAGUCAAGUUCAGAAUUAAAGUGGACCGACCAAAAUAAUCGCACAAUGCA